AUUGUGUUGAUUUGCUAACCCGAAAGCAGAGACGAGUUAGUGCGUGAGAGAGCGGGUACUGUGAACUGCGUUACUAUGCUGUUGCCCUAAUAACUACACAUUGGGGACUAAACGUGCAAACUAGAUUAUAACCUUAUCUCAUUUACAAAGAUUACUGAACAAGCACCGACCAGGGGUGGGAGUUGGAGGACAGCCCCAUGUGUUGGUUUGGCGGAUUUCGGAGACGUUAUGGAUUUGACUAAAAUGGGUAUGAUCCAACUCCAGAACCCGAGCCACCCCACGGCACUCCUGCAGAAGGCCAACCAGAUGCGCCUGGCAGGAACGCUGUGCGACGUGGUCAUCAUGGUGGACAGCCACGAGUUCCACGCCCACCGGACCGUGCUGGCCUGCACCAGCAAGAUGUUUGAGAUCCUGUUCCACCGCAACAGCCAGCACUACACCCUGGACUUCCUCUCGCCAAAGACCUUCCAGCAGAUCCUGGAGUACGCCUACACUGCCACGCUCCAGGCCAAAGUGGAGGACCUGGACGACCUGCUGUACGCGGCCGAGAUCCUGGAGAUCGAGUACCUGGAAGAGCAGUGUCUCAAGAUCCUGGAGACCAUCCAGUCCUCGGACGAGAACGACACGGAGGUCAGCAUGCACGACGGCGGCGGCGGCGAGGACGACGACGACCGCAAGGCCCGACACGGGAAGAAUGCGCUGAUGUCCAAGAAGCACCAUUCCAUGGAGGAGGGCGGCUACGCGGCCUCCGCCCAGCAGGGCCCGGGCCUGGCCGGCAUGGUGGAGCAGAGCCCCUCCGUGUCCACCUCCUUCAGCCUCUCCACCAUGUCCCCCACCAAGGCGGCGGUGGACAGCCUCAUGAGCAUCGGCCAGUCCCUGCUGCAGGCCGGCAUGCAGCACAGCGCCAGCGGGGACCUGCUGGCCCAGGGCAACCCCCAGCCGCUGCUGGCCGAGGUGAAGACGGAGAUGAUGCAGGUGGACGAGGCGGGGGGGCGGGAGAGCCCCCGCGCCGCGGAGUCGGGGGGCUCCUCCAGCAACGGGGACAGGGGCGGGGACCCGGACAGGAACCGGGACGGCCCGGGCACCCCCACCAGGAGCAGCGUGAUCACCAGCGCCCGCGAGCUGCACUACGCCCGGGACGAGGGCGCGGGCGGCGACCCGCAGGGCGAGGCGGGCCCCAUGGGGCUGGAGGGCCUGGGCGUGGGACCGGGCGGCCUGACGGAAAAGCACCUGGCCUCCCUGUACGGCGUGCCCGCCAACCACAAGAGCGAGGCGGCGCUGUCCAUGCCCGGCUCGGUGGCCUCGUCCCUCGGCAUGCCCCCGGGCCUGGCCAUGUCCAUGGACUUCAGUGCCUACGGGGCGCUCCUGCCCCAGAGCUUCAUCCAGAGAGAGUUCUUCAGCAAGCUCGGCGAGCUGGCCAGCGGCAUCAAGACGGACGGCCGGGGCCAGAACGAGCGGUGCAACGUGUGCGGCGUGGAGAUGCCGGACAACGACACCGUGGAGCAGCACAGGAAGCUUCACAGCGGGAUGAAGACCUACGGAUGCGAUCUGUGUGGUAAACACUUCCUGGACAGCCUGCGCCUGAGGAUGCACUUGCUGUCUCACUCCGCUGACGCCAAGGCCAUCGUCUGCGACCAGUGCGGCGCCCAGUUCCCCAAGGAGGACGCCCUGGAGGCCCACAGGCAGAUACACACAGGUUCAGACAUGGCUAUCUUCUGCCUGCUGUGUGGUAAGCGCUUCCAGACGCAGACGGCCCUGCAGCAGCACAUGGAGGUCCACGCCGGCGUGCGCAGCUACAUCUGCAGCGAGUGCAACCGCACCUUCCCCAGCCACACCGCCCUCAAGCGCCACCUCCGCUCCCACACGGGUGACCACCCGUUCGAGUGCGAGUUCUGCGGGAGCUGCUUCCGUGACGAGAGCACGCUGAAGGGCCACAAGCGCAUCCACACGGGGGAGAAGCCCUACGAGUGCAACGGCUGCGGCAAGAAGUUCAGCCUCAAGCACCAGCUGGAGACGCACUACCGCGUGCACACAGGAGAGAAGCCCUUCGAGUGCAAGCUGUGCCACCAGCGGUCGCGGGACUACUCGGCCAUGAUCAAGCACCUGCGCACCCACAACGGGGCCUCGCCCUACCAGUGCACCAUCUGCCUGGAGUACUGCCCCAGCCUGUCGGCCAUGCAGAAGCACAUGAAGGGCCACAAGCCCGAGGACAUCCCGCCCGACUGGAGGAUAGAGAAGACCUACCUGUACCUGUGCUACGUCUGAGCGGGGGCG